GAUUGUAACUAUAGUGAAUACAUUGCUAACAUAAUGUACAUAAUAAAUAGUGGAGACUUGUGCGACAUGGACAACAACAAGCACUAUAUUGGAUGAAACUCUGACUCCGGCACUUCAGUUGGUUGUUGCCUUCCUUGGCGUGUGUUUCGUCUUGUUUUGUCGCACUCAAUUUUCUCCCAACAAAACAAUUUUUCUAACAUUAUUGUAAUACACAUAUCUUUUUUUAUUAGUGGGUGUGUGCACGUUAGCGCCAGUUUCAUUAAUAAUUGAAAGUUUAGUGCCGCAAGAGAGACAGAGAGAAAAUUGUUUGGUACAUUGUUGUUGCUGUAGCAACAUAAAUAGCGACAUAUAUAUAAAUACAACAGAAAUUUAGUAUUUUUUGGUAUUGAAAGAGUCUGGAAAUGGCAAGUCAAGGCAAUAACACCUCAAGGCUCACACAAAUGCAGAUGCGUUUCCAACAGAGACAGCAGCAGGAGAGAAUUCAGCGAAAAUUGGAAAUGAGCAGCGCACCGACAAUAAUCAAUAAUAACAAUAGCAUUAACAAUAAUGGCUCCAGUGGAAUGGAAUUGGACACAAGUUGCACACCCGGAAAGGUGAGACAGUUGUUUGAGGAGAGACGACAGAGAAGCAUUGGGAUUGAUAAGAGCUACCCACUGCAGCCCAUCCAGAUGAAGCAGAGUCCCAAGGCGACCAGUAAGACGCCAACCAAGACGUUCACUACAUCCCGUGGAGAUGUGGACAAUGGUGUGGAUAGUUGGUCAAUGAACGACAGCAAUCGCAAUGGGAACUACGGAGGCAAGUUGUCCAAUGUGGGCAGAUUGGCAUCUCUGAGUCUCAACAAUGGGAAUGGAGUGACUCCUCCGAGGAAUGGCGUUACUACGUCUAGUACGGUCAAAUUGAAGCCUGUGAUUGUGAAAAAAGCCGCCACGACGGCUGAUGGGGGUGCUCCAUCGAGAAAUUUAACGAAUUUAUCCAAAUUGACCAAUAAAACGGAAAGUAUCAAUGGAACAAGAUCACAGAUCGACAAUGGAAAUAAAUUGAUGAAUGAGAAACCAUUGCCAAAAACUGAACCACAAUCGACUGUUAAGAAGCCGCCAUCGGUUAAAAAGAGUGGUCCACCUCCAGAAGAUUUAACUGAAUGCAAAAUCUGUGGUCGCUACUUUGCUGAAGAACGCAUCGAGAAACAUAUUGCAAUUUGUGCCAAGAUAUCAAAUAAGAAGCGGAAAAUCUUUGAUUCUACAAAACAUCGAGUUCAGGGUACUGAAGCUGAGAAGUUUGUCCUGAAAAAGGGCCCUAGGGGUACUAGGGCAGCCGCUGCUGUGGCUCCAAAGGCACAGGCCAGCAGCAAUGCGGCAUCUGCUGGGAAGAAGAGCAACUGGAGGAGGAAGCAUGAAGAGUUUAUUGAGACAAUUCGUGCGGCGAAACAAAUGCAGGCUCACUUGGCCAAAGGAGGCAAAUUGUCUGAUCUGCCUCCGCCUCCGCGUUCUGAGAAUCCUGACUACAUCCAAUGUCCCCACUGCAACAGGCGCUUCAAUGAAGCCGCAGCCAAUCGACACAUCCCCAAAUGUGCAACAAUGCUUCACAAUAAACCUAAGCCCCAACCGCCCAAGAAGCGAUACUAAAACCCUGUUCAUUGAACGUAUAUCCUCCUCCAGCGCCCUAACUCCCGUGCAUUCCUAAUCAUUGUGUGUCUUUCUUGGUUUUUAAUGCAAAAUCUCUACAAGUGAUACAAAAUCUAUGAAAAAUUAUAAAAUAUCUAAUAAAGAUUGUGUUUUUAAUCUGG